ACACAAUGUACUGUAUAUAAGAUUAUAUAAGCUAUCAGGCUAUCAGAAGCUUCAGGCGGACUUUUUGGAGGCCUCACCGUCAAUUUCUUUCAAUCUUCCUUGUGUUCCCUUGUUGCGAUCCGCGCAUGUGCCGAUCACCUCCACCUCGCAGUUUUGGUCCGAGACCCUCUAUAGAGAGUGCACGCUGAAGAGCCGAGACCCUCUGCCGUCCCUAUGCAAAAGGCUUGUGCAGUGCCACAUAUUGGUGCGAUGCAGCUUGGUAUGGUUUGGCUGGGUUUGAUCCCCAUGGCACUGGUACUGUCAGGUUGUGAUACCAGUCGUGCUAGCUACUGUACACCGGAGGACAUUGAGGUCUGCAGGGGAGAGCGAGUUGCACAGAUGCGAAGGGUCUGUGGCCCAGCGGCUUACUCCAACGUCAUCAUUGGGAAUGCCACGGUGACGGAGUGCUGCCAGGCAAUGAAAGCGGUUCAGGAUUGCUAUACAAUCUGCUCAUGCAAGCGGAUGUGUAAUCCACCGGACCAGGAAUUUUGCCCUAUCACAGGAACCUACACCGACAUCAUCAAUGCCUAUGCAUUCAUGGUCGACAACCUUGUCCGGAAUGGUGAGUCUUGCAAUUCAGUAGGUGUGACAAGGACGAAAUGCUAGGACGUUAGGACUCUAGGACUUGCGUGUGACUGGAUGAUUGAGAUGAUUGAGCCUGUCUCGUCGCACAGUCGUUUGUUUUUGGAAUUUGUCAUCCAACCUGCGUCCACGUAAUAUGAAAUUCGCUGUUGAUGCUUCUGCUCAAAGCAUGGCAUCCCACUUGACAUGCAAGCUUCUUCAAUCAUUCCUGCCGUUUCUUGAGGGGAUGCCGAGACACGACUCUUUGUUUGCCCAGCUCAGCGGGCUGGGUGUUGAAGAUGUAAGUGGAAGCUGCUACCCACAGAAGAAGCGGCAUGGAUCACUCCAGUUCUUCGUGCAUCUGAUGCGCGCUGCAUCUGAUGCGUGCUGCAUCAAGUCUAGUCUAGUUUAUUUUGCCUCCCAUCUGAAGAGCGAGGACACGCUGUUUCAUUGUCCAUCUCUCUGAUGCUUUUGCCGCGUUGAGAACCCGGACCUGGCGCAGAAAAAGCAUCACUGUGGACCAAUGGUCCAUGUUUCUUUCAGCAAAUCUGAG